AUGUCUGCCCCCGCAGAGAACAUCCCCACCUUCAAGGUCGUCCUCGUUGGCGAUGGCGGUGUCGGAAAGACAACAUUCGUCAAGCGCCACAUCUCUGGCGAGUUUGAGAAGCGCUAUCUCGCCACCAUGGGCGUUGAGGUCCAUCCGCUGAAGUUCUUCACAAACUUUGGCCCGAUCCUCAUGAACGUUUGGGAUACCGCUGGCCAGGAGAAGCUUGGUGGUCUCAGAGACGGUUACUAUAUCCAAGGUAAUGCCGCCAUCAUUAUGUUUGAUGUCACCAGCCGCAUGACGUACAAGAACGUCCCGCAAUGGCAUCGCGAUCUCGUCCGUGUUUGCGAGAACAUCCCUAUCGUUCUCUGCGGAAACAAAGUCGACAUCAAGGACCGCAAGGUCAAGGCCAAGUCAAUCACCUUCCACCGGAAAAAGUCGCUCCAGUACUAUGAACUCAGCGCCAAGAGUAACUACAACUUCGAGAAGCCGUUCUUGUGGAUCGCCCGCAAGCUCAUCGGCAACCCCACCCUCAACUUUGUCGAGUCCCCCGCCCUCGCACCACCAGAGGUCAAGCUCGACGAGGCCCAUGUCCUCCAGAUGGAGAACGAAAUCAACAUGGUUGCUAACAUUCCUCUCCCGGAUGAGGACGAUGUCGAGGGUUAGAGAGUCCAUCGGAUUGCGGAAGAUCGGUUUCCGCUUGGCUGUCUCACUGCGCCCCUCUUGCGUCGCUUCCGUAGGGGGUACAAGUUCUGCACGGGUCCAAACAUUAACAAAGUAACUUUCGCGAUCCACAAACUUGCGCUCGAGGCCUUGUUUGCAAUGUCUCAUCCCAUUCUUGUUCGCCCGAUUUUCGCGCAGGAAACGCAUGUUGUAAAUUGACUGUUGCAGUGUGACUACUUCGUUUCAUAUCCGUCGGGGGUGUGAGCAGUGCGUCGUGGGUACAGUUGGAUAUAGGUCUUUGUUGCUGUCGCCGUCUUCGAGAGUGAGCGGUUGGGAACCCAUGUGCUUCGAUGGCGAUGCAGUUGAACAUGCCACCUAUCGUGUCUGCCAGUUUCUCCAAGGGAAUAUCAGUUGUUUUGCGAAUUGCAUCAGUUCUAAGAUAUAUACUGUAGCUCUUUUGUUCGUGCAAGGGGAUAUCCGUUGGGGUGACCCCGUCGGCACACGUUUCAACUUUACGAAUUUUAAUACAUAGAGAAGCAGCUUCAGUGAUCCAGAGGUUGAAUCAUCUUACCACUUGCUAAUGUUGUGGAUUUGUAUGUACACACAUCCCUAGUGUAGUAAAUUUAGCGACGCAGCAAUGUUCAAAACUUUUU